CACACACACGAAUAGACUAACCUCCAUUUCCAUGGUGAGGAGAUACAUACACACACACACAGAAACAGAAAACGUCUUUUCCCCCUGCAUCAGAACUUGAUUGGACCUGUGACUCCAUUAACUCCACCCCGAGGAAAUAAAUAUAUAAGGCCAGAAUCAACUUGGGUUUGAGUGUCAGACCUUUAGACUUUCAAGAUGACUUGUGGGAAUUAUUCUAUCACUCACUGGGAAUAUGGUGCUAAGGAUUUGUGGACUUUUCCCUCUUUGGAUUCAGUGGACGAGCUUGCCAACAGGUUAUUUUUCUGCCAUGGAUAACAACAAAACAGCGCUUUAAGUAGGUACAGUGUGCAGUGAGCGACAGCUAGGAGAGCAGUUCAGGGCACGAGCCAAAGGCGCACACACCCACCAGCAGAGAGCAAGACUGCAUUAUUCAACGGAUCCUCUUCUCUACACUCCUCUGGGCCAGUGACUCACCCCCUCCACACCUCUUGCUGAGCCAUCAUUACCAUGGAAACCCCGAGCCAGAAACGCACCAGCCGUGGUGCUGCCUCCCCGACCCGCAUCAGCAGGCUGCAGGAGAAGGAAGACCUGUGCAACCUCAAUGACCGCCUGGCUGUCUACAUCGACAAGGUGCGCUCGCUGGAGUCUGAGAACGCCGGACUCCGAAUGCGCAUCACCGAGUCGGAGUCCACGAUCACCCGCGAUGUAUCGGGCAUAAAGGCGGCCUAUGAGGCAGAGCUGGCCGACGCCCGCAAGACCCUGGACCAGGUGGCCAAGGAGCGAGCUCGCAUGCAGCUGGAGCUGAGCAAGAUCAGGGAGGAGCACAAGGAGCUCAAAGCCAGGAACAGUAAGAAGGAGUCUGACCUGGAGGCGGCGCUGGCCAGGCUGAGGGACCUGGAGGCCCUGCUGAACUCUAAAGAUGCUUCCCUCUCCACUGCCUUGGGAGAGAAGCGGACCCUGGAGGCUGAAGUAAAGGACCUCAAGGCCCAGCUGGCCAAGUUGGACGGGAGCUUAGCCGAUGCCAAGAGGCAGCUGCAGGAUGAGAUGCUGAGGAGAGUGGACGCCGAGAACCGCCUGCAGACCGUGAAGGAGGAACUGGAGUUCCAGAAGAACAUCUACAGCGAGGAGCUGCGCGAGUCCAAACGUCGGCACGAGUUAAGCGUCGUGCAGAUAGACAGCGGGCGGCAGCAGGAGUUUGAGAGCAAGCUGGCCGAGGCCUUGGUCGAGAUGAGAGCCCAACAGGAGGAGCAGGUCCGCCUCUACAGGGAGGAGAUCGAGAAGACCUACAACUCUAAGCUGGAGAAUGCUCGUCAUUCAGCUGACAGGAACAGCCACUUGGUGGGAGCCGCUCAUGAAGAGCUGCAGCAGACCCGUGUACGAUUGGAGGGCAUGUCAGGCCAGCUCAGCCUGCUGCAGAAACAGCUGGCAGCGAGCGAGUCCAAGGUGCGGGAGCUGGAGGAGGCCCUGUCGAGGGAGCGGGACAUGAGUCGUCGGCGGCUGGAGGAUAAAGAGCGGGAGAUGGCCGAUAUCCGAGCUCGGCUGAUGCUGCAGCUGGAGGAGUACCAGGAGCUGCUGGACAUCAAACUGGCCCUGGACAUGGAGAUUAAUGCUUACAGGAAGCUGCUGGAGGGAGAGGAGGAGAGGCUGCGCCUGUCACCUGGCGGCACCACAAAGGUCACAGUGGCACGGACCUCCGGCUCAGCCCACAGCCACACCAGCCGGGUGCUCUCCGGCUCAGGCCACAGCCACAGCACCCGCGUGGUCCACUCCUCCGGCACUGGCACCCCCGCUGCAGCCGCCACGGCGGCGGUCACUGCUUCCAGCAGCCGCAACUCCUCCGGCACAGCCAGCGCCAAGAAGCGGCGCCUCAAUGACAACGACAGCGAGAGCUCCAGCAUGGUGGGGGGCACUGUGACCAAGACUCGCAUUAGUCAGAACGCCUCAGCCAGCGGCCGCAUCACAGUGGACGAGGUCGACCUGGAGGGCAAGUUUGUCCGUCUCAGCAACAAGUCUGACGAGGACCAGUCUCUGGGCAACUGGCAGGUGAAGAGACAAGUAGGUAAUGCCAGCGCCAUCAUCUACAAGUUUACCAACAAGUUCACUCUGAAGGCCGGAGGAACUGUCACUAUCUGGGCUGCGUCUGGCGGUGGAACCCACAACCCCCCCUCUGACCUGGUGUGGAAGAACCAGAGCUCCUGGGGCACCGGCGACCUCCUGCAGACCACCCUCGUUAGCGCCAACGGAGAGGAAAUGGCCAUGAGGAAAGUGACCCGCACCCUGUUCCAUGAAGAUGAAGAUGACGACAUGGGAGCCCACAGCACGAGCGGCGCAGACAACGAGUACAACCUGCGGAGCCGCACCGUGAUCUGCGACUCCUGUGGGCAGACGCAGGACCGCUCGGGGGGUGUUUGCAGCAGCGGGGGUCUACCCGAAGGCCUCGUGGGCAAUUCCUUUUUCAUGGGGACCAACGAGCCCAGACAGGGUCGGGCUAAGCCGGAAAACUGCUCCAUCAUGUAAAAACCAGACGGCACCUCACCUGAACCCCCCACCACCUCCUGCAACCCACAAAGGAGAAACAUGAUUUUCUCCUGCUGGGUUGUUUGUCUUUAUCAUUUUUUCUUUUUUAUAUGGUCUUAUUUUGUAUUCAGAUUAAUCUGCAGGUUAGAAUUGCUUUGAGGUUUUUGGGCAAAGGGCACAGGAUUUUCAUAUUCAGCUUUUGAGUUUGUAUAUUCAAGUUACGUUAUUGCAUGUGUGCUGUGCUAAUGCUCGUCCUGCUUUUUCUUGCACAUUCUCUCCACACACACCCACACACACACACACACACACACACACAGCUCUAUUGACCAGUGCUUGUGCUUUGAUCCGAGCCGGGGAUUCACAUUUAAUGGCCAUGCUGUCAUCACUCAACACGCACAGCUAGUGAACCCUGUCAGGAAUAAGUCUCUACAGCCAUACAGACGACAGGAAGAGGAAUCCUGUGGGGCUUGUUUAUCAUGUUUAUCGCCCAUCAAAUUGAUCCAAUCUCUACUUAAGGUGAUGUUUACAUUUGAAAUGUGGACAGUAUUGUGCUAUCUUGAUAUGCUCUACAGAAAACACAUUUAAUUUUGUUUUUGUUUUGAUAAACUAUGUUGGAAAGGUCUCCAAAGAAAGCAGAAGUACUGGAAGCUCAGGGUGUUCAGCAGUUUUUUUACCUUUUAGCCUUUAGAAAAACUUGUCGUAUUACAUUUUCUACGUGGAUUUACAGUAGAUCGUACAGUUGGGCUGCUAUGGUGCAUACAAAGAAAAUAAUUAUUUGAAAUAAAUAUAUUUCUUUCUGCAAUUCACAGCUGGACCCCAGAGAGAUGUAUUUGGUUAGGCUUUUGAACAUGUGGGGAAAUAAGUAAUUCAAUUAUAAUUAUUGUUUGCUGGAUAAGUUGAAUGUACCCAGUUAAAUGCGCAUCCUCAGUUUGAUGUACAUUUAAAUAUGUUGACCUAUUAGGUAACUCCAAAGAUGUUUUGUCAAGAUAAGAGGAAAAUGUAGGAUUUGUUUUUCACUUGUGGGGAAAUAGCAGGAAUAGGUACUAUGUUUUGAGUCUUUACUGGUGCCAUAUAUACAGUAUAUAUUUGUAGGAUGUUUCAGCUUUUUGAACCAAAUGAACAUUAUUAUAAUAGAAAGAUGUUGCUGCUAUUUACAGAGUGCAACAGUAUUUUUUUGGAAACAUUUUAGCAAG